AUACAUUUUUCACAUCAAAAUCUCCUCUUUUACACAAUUCUUCAUCUUUUUGCUUCAUUUAUGGCCGGAGGAAAGAAGACAAAGGUUUCCAAGAAGAAGGGCAACACCGAAGCUACGACCUCAACGCCACCGCCGUUCCCCUACCUGGACGGCUCGUUUCUUGAGUUUGGGUCGGAGGAGGAACUCUACCGGUUCCUCACGCACUUUGCCAAGCGUCCCAUUUCUCCGCCUAGGGUGCUGCCCGAGUUGUACCCUCAACAAAAGGGGUACCACGACCUCGACAAUCAGCUUCAAGCAUCGGGUCUGUGGUCGUUCGUCUCCAGGAGCCGCUCGAGCUUCAAUCCCGCCUUUGUGCGAGCCUUCUACUCCAAUCUCCGCCGAGACGGGGACACCAUUCGCAGUAGCAUCAAUCUCUACGACAUAGAGAUUGAUCUGGCUACCUUCGCUCGGGUCGCAGGGCUGCCCAUCCGCGGUGACGACAUCGCAACCUAUGGUGGCGAUGAUUGGAUCCUCAACAACGAGGCGGUGGUCAUCCGAGAGCUUGGGAUCACCAACCUCAUCCGUCACAGCGGCGCACCGACGAUUCACUCGGCCCCAUCGGACAAGCGCCUCCUCCUCUACAUCAUCACCCGGAUUCUCCGCCCCCGGGACAGCAGCCAUACCUCGCUCUUCAACGAGGACUUGAAGGCGAUUCAUGCCAUCAUCCACGGCGCCUCCAUCAAUUGGGCGAAAUGCGUGAUGAUCCACAUGGCGGAUUGCGCCUCCAUCGCCACUGAGCGGAGCUUGCCAUACGCCUUCCUCGUCAUGGACCUCAUCAUCUCCGCCGACAUCUCCAUCGCCGGCCCGGAUACGAAGAUGACAAAGAUUUGGAUCAUCCAAGACAGCACCUUCCGGAAGAAGUCCGGUGACGGAACCAGCGCUGGACCGAGUCGUGCCCGUGCCCCUGCCCCUGCCUCCGCUCCCGCCAAGGCGUCCUUACAGUCCAUAG